AACAUUUCUUCUUUUUUCGCACUUAGAAUAGAUGGUGUCGGUAUCCGAUGAAUUCUGUUCUCCUUAAACCCUAACCCCAAUCUCAAAUCUCAAAUUCAUCCCAUUCGCUUUCGCUUUAAGAUUCCAAGGAAAUUGUUUCAAAUCCCGAAAAAUGGAUUCUUGCUGUGGUUCGAGCUUCUGAUCUCUUCACAGGUCUUACAGCUGGAAACAAUUAAUGACAGGAUGGCUCUGUUCCAAUCCAUAAACGAGUCGUCGCAGCCUCGCCGCGGGAGGAGGCUCUCUCGAGUUGCGAGACGAAGGUGCUUAAUCUGGACUUUCCUGCUUUCUACUAUGUCAUUGAUCUAUCUCUCAUUUGUCGGCUCGGCCUUGUUAUACAAGGAAGAGGGAACUCACCAAGUGCCAGGUUUUCCUACUUCUGGCAUGUAUUCUCAAGGUAGAAAUGCCGCUGGCGCUUCUGAAUCCACCACCUCGCAUCAAACCAUAAUUCAAUUUGUGAAAGUUUCGAAAGCAAAAUCUCACAAGAAGCAUGGUCCAUGUGAAGUUGGCUUAACCAAAUCAGUUGAAUACCUUUUGCAGCCAGAGAACUACAUGAAUUUCACAAAGUUUUCACUUGAUUAUGUCCUUCAAGAGCAGCAACAUUACUCUAACAAUUCUAUGCUUCAGCCUAAAUUUGGCGGUCAUCAGACUCUGGAAGAACGUGAAAAUUCAUAUUAUGCAAGAAACGAAACACUUCAUUGUGGAUUUGUCAAAGGACCAGAGGGAUACCCUAGCACUGGAUUUGAUGUGAAUGAGAAGGAUAAGGAAUACAUGGCUCGUUGCCGUGUAGCUGUAUCAUCUUGCAUUUUUGGUAGCUCUGAUUUUUUGAGGAGGCCAACAAGCAAGCUGAUUGGCACAUAUUCGAAGAAAAAUGUAUGCUUCCUGAUGUUCCUUGAUGAGCUAACAAUGAGAAAACUUUCCUUAGAAGGUCAAGUUCCUGAUGAUGAAGGCUACAUUGGUCUAUGGAAGAUUGUUUUGGUAAAGAAACUACCGUAUACAGAUAUGAGGAAAACAGGAAAGGUGCCAAAGUUUCUGUCACAUCGACUUUUCCCCUCAGCUUGUCAUUCCAACACUACUUCAACUGGACCUCCACCGCCCACUUCUCUGCUUAUACCUCACUCCAUUUCGCAUCAAAGCAACAAGCAGGUCCACAAUCUUGGAUCUGCACUACCAGGCACAAGCAAUUCAUCUAUUUCAUUGGAGCGUCAACCUCAGCUAUCUACCCUUCAGGACACGGCUAUAUCACCCGUUCCCCAUCCUAUACCGCACCAGAUGACUACAAGAUCGAAGACAGGGUCUCUCAAACCCGUUCAGCGUCUCAAUUUACUCCAUCACAAUCAAGCUCUCAGCGAUCCAACCACGUACAGUGAAGCUUCCAAACAGUUUGAGUGGCGUCAAGCAAUGGCUCAGGAAUUUUUUGCUCUUCAAAAACAGGGCACUUGGACUUUAGUACCGCCUCCGACAAAUGCACCUGUUCUUGGCUCAAAAUGGACCUAUCGCACAAAAUACAAUUCAGAUGGUUCAAUUGCCAGAUUCAAGGCGCGGUUGGUAGCUCAAGGAAAUCAGCAGGAGUAUGGCAUUAACUAUCAGGACACAUUCAGCCCUGUUGCCAAACUUCCUACUAUCCGCAUUCUCUUUACCAUUGCUCUAUUUCACCAAUGGCAAAUUCAACAAUUAGACGUAGCUAAUGCUUUCUUGCACGGAGACAUCACCGAAACUAUCUAUAUGCAGCAGCCUAAAGGGUUUGAAGAUGCUACGAAUCCUUUACACGUCUGCCAUCUCCACAAAGCUAUCUACGGCUUGCGUCAAGCUCCGCGCCAAUGGUACACUACCUUUACCUCUUACCUUCGUGAAAUCGGGUUCUCGCACAGUCAGGCAGAUCCAUCUCUCCUCCUAUUUCACGACGGCAACACGCACCUUUAUCUACUGGUAUACGUAGAUGACAUUCUUCUCACUGGCAACAAUGCCCAAGCUAUGACGGCACUCGUCGUCAAACUCGAGGAGAAAUUCACGAUGAAGCAUCUCGGUGUGGCUAACCAGUUUCUCGGCAUUAAGAUUGACUACACACAUGAUAAGUAUUUUCUUUCUCAAUGUUUAUACGCUCAAUCUAUUUUACAAAUGGCUGGGUUACCGAACUGUAAUCCGGUCGCUAAUCCUUCUAUCACAAAAAUUACAGCUGUAAAACCAGACGAUCCACCAUUUUUUGAUGCAAUCCUGUACAGGCGGAUCAUCGGCAGCCUCCAGUAUCUUACAUUGACAAGGCCGGACAUUGCCUACGCAGUUAACACGCUCUCUCAGCAUAUGCACAAUCCGGAACCCAUACACACGGUCAGGCUCAAGAAGUUACUCCGCUAUAUUCAGGGCUCUUUGGAUUUCGGUCUACCAAUCACCAAAUCCAAUCUUCUUCUGCGUACAUACUCGGAUGCUGACUGGGCUUCAGAUCCGGCAACCCGAAGAUCUACGUCCGGCUUUUGUACUUUCCUUGGCGAUACACUUGUCUCCUGGACUGUCAAGAAACAGAAUACGGUAUCCCGGUCGUCCACAGAAUCAGAAUACCGAGCCUUAGCCUCCGCUACUGCUGACACCAUCUGGAUCAAACGCUUGCUGGCUGAAUUUCGGAUCGUUCACUCUGAACCCGUGGAUGUAUUCUGUGAUAAUACAUCUACAAUUGCUCUUGCUAAUAAUCCCGUUUUCCACGCUCGCACCAAGCACAUUGAGAUUGAUCAACGCUUUAUACGGGAUCACAUUAUGAAUAAGGUCAUUCGUCUACUACCAAUAAGUACAGUGGAUCAAGUUGCGGAUAUUCUUACUAAACCACUGUCUACCCCUCGGUUUAAACUUCUUCGCAACAAACUGACUAUCUGCUCCUAUACUCAGUUUGAGGGGGGAUGUUAAGAACAAAGAAUAUAUUAAUCUACUGUUAUUUAGAUGUAUCCAAUAAUCUGUUUCCACGUGUCCUGCA